UCAGUAACUGUUCAGCUUGACGCGAGCGAGAGCAAGCUAGUCACAAGCAGAUACACAAAGGGUGCGGAAGAAGCUGCAGCAAUGGGGAUCAAACUGUACUACACCACCGUUACUGCCUCGCGGACGGUGAAGUCUCAACAGGCAGAAGUGAUACGAAUCCUUGACAGUAAAAGCAUUCAGUACGAGCUCAUCGACAUCUCUGUGGGCGGGGAGCUCCGUGAUGAGAUGAGAAGCAAAGCAGGGGACCCGACAGCAGUCCCUCCCCAGCUUUUCAAUGAAGACAACUACUGUGGGAACUAUGAGAUGUUUUCCGAAGCGGUGGAAGCAGAUACAGUGGAACAGUUUCUGAAAAUGGCGUGAGGAGGGUGAAGUGUAAAUUCUCCAUCUUAACCCCAGCCACCUCCCCGCCCGCCCUCUGCCCUAAUGGAGGCUCUUUAUUCACACUCUCUGCACCACUGGCAGUGUCCACCCACUUUCAAUGCCAUAACGAAUAAUGCCAAAUAUCUCGUAUUCAGCUAAUCAGAAGACACACAUUCCCCAUACUGCACCGUUAGACUCUAAAUCAGUCUUAAUCUGUUUUAUUUUCAUGUGUUUUGUUUUUUUUUUUCCUGUUAUUUCCUUUGAUUCCUUUCAGACUCUUUUCCUGUCUGACAGACCAGUGUUACUAAGUACUCAUUGUCCACUUGGAAUCAAUGGGGUGUCUUAAUGUGCGGUAAUUAGGUCGACUAAUCUUGGCAGCGGCCACAUGAUCGCUGGAGAUUAAAACUAAUCCACUGGAUGACAACAUUCAACCCAGAAUCUUCCUGAUCCUCUGCAGACCAAACACACAUCAUCACUCAGUCUUAAAUACUUUGUCGUCUUUCUCUGUAGCCUUCAAGUUCCCAUGUUGUACAUGACGGCACACUAUCUGUACUUCACAUGGAUGCAAAUGCACACGGAAGUAGCAAGGACCGCGAUGUCCUUAAACCCAAUUGAUCGUGAAUUAUACCAGCUAAAAAAACGUUCUUUGUUAUUUUUGGUCCAUUGGUUACCUUAUGCAGUAUAUGAUGAGAGGUUUGGUUCUGAAAUGAGAAUCCACUGUAGCCCACCGUGCUGAUCUGACCUGGUUUGAGGGGCUGUAAUGCUACCAAAAUUCAGAAAGUGCAUUUUUUGCCAGAUUUUGGCCAGAUAUUAAAAAUAUAAAUUACUUUAAUAAAGCUAGAAACUAGCACUUGUUUAAAAUACCCUGUGGAAAACAAAUGUUAAGUUACAUUUUGUGUUUCUCGCAAAAAUGUAUAAAUGUGCUGGUCUCUGCAAAUGUCAGGAAGGAAACGCACAAUUGCUUAAAAUAUUUUAAAACCUAUUUUGUUUACAUCUCAUUUGCUAGCUCUUUAAACUCAUUGGUAACCCAGUUUGGACGUUACCGACCACCAACUGUCGAUGUGAGUGGUGUGAAACUGGCAGCAGGAAUGUGUGUAUGACAGACAAAACAGGGACAUACCUAUAAAAACAUUGCUCUAUAGCGCCACAAGUGGUCAAACGCUCCUCAGGGUAUCUUUAAGAUAAGUUGUGGAUGUAUGUGGCUUUAAGCAAUCAGUGGCGACUAGACCUGUAGCCACCGUUUAGUACACUGUGGUUGUGCCCUGUGUAUUUUUGUAUUGGGGAGAAUUAACAUACUACAAUUGAAACUUUAACGUGGUGGGUAUUUCAAAGGCUGAUUCCAAUAAUUCACUAUUUCCCCCUAAAAUUGUAACGAGUGUGGAGAAACUUAAAAUUUACAGGAAAUCUAAUGGACAAUAAUUAAAAUACGAAAAAUACAAAUAAUUCAACUAUUUUGCAAACUUUGCUUUUGGUGUCUGGUCAAACCUUUCUGAGGGGUAGGGUUUCAGGGAAGGAUUUGAACUCUAUUUCUAAGAUCAUGUUUACAUCCCUGUAGGAUUUGUGGACCAAACGCUCCCUUUAGAUAUGUUAUAAUGGUCUCCAGUGAACCAAACGUACUCAAAAGUUGGUGUACUCUUGAACAAAUAAGUGGUUAAACAUUUCAAGUAGUUGGCUGCUUAAUUCUAGCAUCCAGUUAGGCAGGAUGAACAGCGUCUUCUUAACAUCACAUUUGGUGCCAAUAUAUCUGCAAUGCGCUUUUCGGGAGGUGGUUGUUCACUGUUGUAUUAUUAGCACUUACCUGACAUCUCCUACGUUUUCCGUAAUUUUACUGUAUAACUUGAAAGCUUCACCAAUGGGUGUUCUGCAUUGCUGACUGACUGGGGCAAAAGGACGCCAAAAACAUUUAUAAGGGAGCAUUUCGUAGGGAGAGUAAACGAUUGGACCGAAAAGAUGUGAAUCUUCUUCCUUUCAACCACGUAGCUUUUCCUUCCUUCCUCUGUUUAUUUUAUGUAAGUUUCACUGAUUGUACUGGGCAUGAAGAUGCAGUAAUGUGACUAUGCACUGAAACCCUGCCUCAUUCUGAACAGACAUAAAGGUCAUAGCUGGUGUGUUUAGAUUGACCGGACUCAGUCUUACUAGCCUUAGGGAACAAUCACCACAUGGGAAAAAUGAAGGCUUCACUUAUUUGUGCUUUUCUAUGUAUUUGCAUCAUACGUUUGAUUAAUCUCAGUUGAAAUGUUUUUUGUAUCACUUUCAUGUCUUUUUUUUUUUUUUUUUUUAUUGAGAAUAACAUGGUUUACUUCUAUUACUCGUAACAUCUGUCAAACCCCCAUGCUUUCAUGAUUGUGUUGUUACGGUUUGGGAUCCAGAGGAAUGACAGCCUUCACACACAAUGUUUGUGCACUGUUUUGUAAGUCGGUGGUUGUAGAUGUUUGCCUGUUAUUGAUGUAUAUUCACUAUGAACCAUGUUUUAGACAUUCCACGUCUCUCUCUGAGCUCCUGCUUUGCUUUUGGACCAAUUCCCCUUGGCCAAAAAAAGAAGAAAUUAGGGAAUAAAAUGCUGUUGUCUUCCAAGAAGAUUGUGAAAAGUGAUUUAUGGGUUAAAAAAAUAAAAUGGAGUUGAAUCUAA